UGGUGACUGAUGAAUGAUGAUUUUCUAAUCACUAAAUAAAGAAUUGGAAUUUGGUCGUCAUGAACGUGGCUUGAGCGAUGUGAUGAUUUUUAUUUAUUUAAAGUCCCAAAAUAAUUGUUGAAAUGUCUGAAGUUAUCGUAGCUAAAGGACAACCUUUACCUGGAGAUCCAGAAAAAAAGGGCUGGUUGUUUAAAUGGACGAACUAUCUCAAAGGAUACCAACGAAGAUGGUUCGUGUUGUCAAACGGACUACUAUCAUACUACAGAAAUCAAGCAGAGAUGGUACAUACAUGCCGUGGAACGAUAUCACUUCUUGGAGCACUGAUUCAUACAGCUGACUCUUGUACUUUUGUAAUCAGCAAUGGUGGAACUCAGACAUUUCAUAUUCGUGCUCAUGAUGAAGUGGAACGGCAAAGCUGGGUCACAGCUCUUGAACUUGCCAAAGCUAAAGCUAUUCGCGCACAAGAAUCUGACGAUGACGAUGAUCAGAUAAAUUCUGGGCCAGUGCCACAAACAGAGGGAGAAAGUGAAGAUGCAGGGGGUAUUGCUAGGGAACUAAAUGCAAGGUUUCAUGAUCUACGUACAUGCUCUGAAUUGGUAACUAGACAUGGUGCGGCACUACAGAGGUCUUUAGUGGACCUUGAAAUACCACCAUCAGACACUGCUAAACAGGUUUCAGAAAGAGCUACACUGUUUAGAAUUUCCUGCAAUGCUAUGAUGAAUGCAUGCUCAGAGUUCAUGAGCGCGGCCGCAACAUCCAGCGCGCGCAUGAGUCGUGCCUUACAACACGAACGUGAACAGAAGUUGCGUCUACAAGAGAUUGUGGAACAACUUGCAAGACAGCAUGACUCUUUGGAGAAGACAGCUAGAAGUACUCCUCAUGCGGCAGGUGGCAAUGGUUCUGGCCCCAACAACGACACAGAAGAUGAGGAACAUGAAUUUUUUGAUGCAGUCGAAGAAGGAACUUCCUCAGGAAUGGAGGACAAAAAUUCUUUUGUAAUCAAAGUACCUGUAAAUAGAAAAAACAAAGUAAAAAGUGGAGAAAGCUCUGACGAAUCAGAGGCAGAAACUGAACUAACGGAAACACAACAAGUAAUAUUCGUAGAAGAUAAAGAGCGUGCAGAGAGUGCAAUGGGGGGUCCGGAAGUCGCCGCCGCUAAUCUCAAAGACCUAAAUAAUAAGGAAAUGGAUAUCAAGAUAUGGCCUCAUGUAUCUCAAGCAACAGAUAGUAUGAUUGAGGGAAAGCCGCGGCGAACACGAGUGCCUGAUAAACCCAACUAUCCCCUUAGCUUGUGGUCUAUUAUGAAGAAUUGUAUAGGUAAGGAGCUAUCAAAAAUUCCUAUUCCGGUAAACUUCAGCGAGCCACUCUCAAUGCUCCAGCGAUUAACGGAGGAUUAUGAGUACUCGUAUAUUCUGGAUCAGGCAGCUACUUUCUCAGAUCCUGCGCAACAGUUGGCCUAUGUGGCUGCUUUUACGGUGUCUUCAUAUGCUACUACAGCUAACCGAACGACAAAGCCUUUUAACCCGCUGCUAGGUGAGACAUAUGAAUGUGACAGAAUGUCUGAUCUCGGUUGGAGAGUUAUAUCGGAACAGGUGUCGCACCAUCCGCCAAUGGUGGCCCAAUUCUGCGAGGGCGUGUCCGGGUGGCAGUGCUGGCAGGAGUUCACGAUGACGAGCAAGUUUCGCGGCAAGUACCUGCAGGUGAUACCGCUCGGCGGCGCCUACGCGUACUUCCCCGCUUCCGGCAACAAAUACUCUUGGCGGAAGGUAACGACAACCGUGCACAACAUUAUAGUGGGCAAGCUCUGGGUGGAUAACCAUGGGGACAUGGAGAUAGUCGGUGAAGCCGGACCUGCUGCUGGAUACGUGGCCCAUCUCAAAUAUGUGCCUUAUGGCUACUUUAGCAAGGACACGCAACGGAAGGUCACUGGAGUUGUUAAGGAUCCCAAUGGAGUGCCUCGCUACGUGCUGCAAGGUCACUGGGACACUCGCGUGGAAGUGGCGGCCGUGACGAGUGCGUCCGCAGACAACACGGUGUGCAAGACUGGUAAAUUCACGCUUGCCUGGGAACGCGUGCCGGCCCCCAGCGAUUGUGACAAAUGGUACAACUUCACCCUCCUAGCGGCGCAACUAAACGAAGCAGAAUCGGGCGUGGCGCCCACGGACUCGCGCCUCCGUCCGGACCAGAGACUCAUGGAGGAAGGCCUUUGGGACGAGGCUAACGUCGAAAAGCUAAGGCUGGAGGAGAAGCAAAGGGCCGCGAGACGCGAGCUGGAGGCCGCGGCCGAAGAAGCCGCCGCUCGGGGCAGCCCUCCGCCCCCGCCGAGGGCCCCCGUCUGGUUCACGAGGCAGGCGGCCCCCGGCCAGCCCCAUCUGAGGCAUCUCUACAACAACAAGUACUGGGAGUGCAAGCAGAAGCAGGACUGGUCCGCCUGUGCCGACAUCUUCUAGCGAACGCGCCGACGGACACCGUGAGACCUAUUCGCAGUUAGGUAACGUCAAUUUUAUAGUUGCCAGUAGGGCGAUUCUGUAAACGAUCGCAAAUUUAAUCGCAGGGGCUGUCGUACGGUCUGAAACGUGAGAUUCGUGUUGUCACGGUUAGUGUACGGUUACUACAUCAAUAAUAAUAAAUGCUUAAGAGAAUGCGACCGACGCUUUACUGAAACUAUAAAUCCAGAGCAGAAACUUGGCUAGUAUGUAUUUAUUUAUGUGGUAACCAUGGUAACUAAACUUUAGACCACGUUUUGUAAUAAGACGGUUCGUGUCCCGAAUAAGUACUUCCGUAUCAAUUUUGUAUGGAAAAUAUGGACUUGGAUGUUUCAACAAGUAAACGAAACGAACAUACGGACAUACUAUGAAAAAGUUUUUACUAAAAAUUAAAAAAAAACAAUCAUUAAGUAUGUCAUAUAAAACUGUAUUGUAAAAGCAUCUCAAAGUACAGCAGUUCUAACUAAAAUUGCGAAUUGUAUUAUAAAAAUAAGUUUGACUUUAAAAAAAAACAUAUAACCUAUAAUUACCAGCAAAACUAUUUUCAAAUUUAUUACUUCUAUGAAAUAUAUAGCGAAUAUUUAAAUGACAUUUAAAAUACUAAGCAACUAUAAUUUUUGGCGUUACCAUGUCUAUUGGUGCAAACUAUCGCAAGUCGAAAACUUGUUUUGUUUGACAAUUGCAGUCUCAUUGUGCCGUGAGGUUACUAGUCAUAGAAUAUGACGCGCUGUAAAAAUGCUGCCAGAGACAAGCUACUUUUAAAUUUUUCCUACAAACUUUUUACUAUCACUACCAUCGAAACUAAGUAUUGCAUAUUAAAAUGAUGUUAAAAAUGCCCCUCAAAAGUAUUGAUUACCACUGUUCAGAAUAUGGAUACUAAUACUCGAAUAUAUAAAAUCUUGGCAAAAUUAAAAAUAUUUUUCUCAAAUUAUAUUUUCUUAACACGUCAAGCCAUCCUUUUGCGUGUUACGUCUCUGUCUUAAAGCGUCUACGAGAUUUUCUACCAAACGAGGGCUGAUAAGGUCGUAGUAGAUAUUAUAUAAAAUUAUUAAUUAGCUUGUCUGUGGUAGCUUGAGGCGUUACACCAAUUUUAAAAAAUAAGAUAUAAUUGUAAAAUCCAUAAAUAAUUUGCGGAAAUAUAUUGUAACAAAAUAAGAUUAUAAUAAUUUAUGACAAUUUUUAAUUUUAGUUUCAUUUACAAAUCAAUAAGUCCAGUCAGUUUUUUUGUUUGUGUGGUUUUCCAUUGUUUAAAAAUUCAACAUAAUCUUUAGCAAAUGACGUUUAAACAUGAAAAAUCAAAUAAAUUCUUAUAUUUAUUUAGUACACAGCACAAAACAUUUCAUGUUUGAUGGUGUCUUUAAAAUAGCUGAACUGGACGGUGUCAUACAUCAAGUACGAAAUUGCAUUUAAUAAUGUUCAAAAAAUAUCUCAACAAAAAGUUAUCAUUAGAUUCUGCUUGGUUCUAUGAGAAGUGGUGGUUUUGCACAGUAAUUAUUAAUUUUGAUUAAAUUGUUAAUUUGUUCUGAAGGAACAUACUCGAGUCUCAGAAGCAGCUUAAAUCAUUACAAUUCUCACUACUCAUUCCAUAGUAUAAUAUUCUUUGUUGUUCACUUUCAUUAUUGUAAGAUAUUUUAUUGUUUAAAUAACUUAUUAUUUAAAAUUGUUUGUUUAAGAUGCAUAAAUUUUCACUGCUAUAUUUGUAUUCAAUUUUGAGAUUUUUUAAUAAAAUAAAGGGUUAAGUUCAAACGUUUACGCCUUUGGCUUUGGGCCUAAAUCAAUAGGAAUGUGGAAUAAAAUUUAUAUGUUCAAUAUACAUUAUACAGACAACGAAACUCGUUAAUUUAGAAUUUGGCUGAUCAUUUGGAUUACUACGCUGUAAAUAAAAUAGUAUUUGCUUGUUUAUAAAUUAACAUUUACCUCUUUCUAAAUAAAACUUAAAAUAUUCUAGUGACUUUAUAUAACAGUAGGUGCUUCAUAAAGGAUGUAUAUAAUAUCCGUGUAUACUAGUAAUAUUUUAGUUUACGUACUUUUUUCGUAAACUAAACAUUGACAGCGACGAAAAUACAUCCUUGAUAUUUCUGCUUCCAGUUUCAAACCCCAAAUGAGCGCUAAGGCUUAUUUUUCUAAAAUAAUUUUUGUACCGUGUAAAUAAUGGCUAAAAUGCAAGUGAACUCCAGAACUAAGCGUAGUUGCGUCCAAAUACACUAAGGUUAACGGGUUCCGCAUUCUUGACGGGACGUUUGAGCUUGUUCCAUAGACAGUACGUGUACAAUGCCUUAUAUAGGAAUAACGCCGUUAACAAGGCGAGUUAGUAUCAAAUCCGAGUUACCUGUAUGGCUUUGAUACCGACUUGUAUGUGAUGUAGAUUAUUUUGUAAGAACUAUUACAAAUUGUACAUUUUCAAGUGGAUGUAAGAUAAUUUGUUAAUAUUUUUAUUAAUAGAAUGAUGUUUGAAUACAAGCCGUAACAUCUGUAUCAUGUUAUAAAAAAUAAACUAUAAUAUUAAAA